GCCUUAAGUGUUGGGAGGGAGAAGUGGGCAGAGAAUUGCAUUGUACCGUACAAAACUUUGUCAAACAGAUCAAGAUUUGACUUGAGUAUAUAGAAUUGGCAGUAGGAAAAAAUGCUAAAUAUCCUAGUAUCGUUACAUAGUUGGUAAAUUUGAUCCUGGUUGGCAGAUUUGACCUAAAAAUAAUCAAAAGAUAAUAAAAAUGAAAAACCUGGUGGUGAGUUUUAGAAGAACUAUUUUCAAGGAUAUAAUUAUGGUGGUACUAGGACUUGAAGAAAGCCUUGUGCAGUGAUUACCUGGAAAUUGCUCUGUUUUAGGGAUGUUUUCCGGAACUGUCCAUAACGUCACUAGCAAAGGCAGAAACCAGUUAGUCGAGAUAAAUGUGCUGCUUAGGCAUUGUUCCAAUUGAAUUAUUCCGUGAUCAAAGUAAUGUUUGUGUCCUCACAUCCCACAAAAUUGAUGACAGUGUAAUCUCUGUGAGUUCUUAAUAAUGAUAAGAGUCUCAGUCUGAGUGGUGAGUGUGGUAACGUUCACAUCCAAAUGGAGAGUUUCCCACGGUUGAGACAGCACAGGCCUUUGUAGCCAAUAAUGAAAUGAACCUUUUCUAAUCAUUCUGUUUCCUGUGAGCAAAUAUUCUGUUCCUCAUUGUCCAUAAUGAAAUCCUAGUAAGUGCAAGGUAGCUAUAACAAAACCUUAUUUAUCACCAGCAAUAUUUACCCUACCUGUUAUUCAUUAUCACCUAUUUUCUAGUUCUGAACAGGACCUGCUGUUCGUUCUCUUCUGCACAGAACAAGAGACCAAGCUGAUGAAACUCACCUUUGAGCAAGGCGUAGGGUAUAUGUCACAUGAAAUAUUUAUUGUAUAAUUUAGCUCUGAAAACAUUGUUAAAAAUAUUGUUCCUUAUUUGCUGUUCCAAAGUAAAAACAAAAUGUAGUUAGCUACCAUCUGUUUCUUUGAACAGAUGUCCAUAUAUUUUAAGUAUUAGUUACUUGUAAUGAGCUAGAAUCACAGUUCUGGGGAACUUUGGGUUCUUCUUGAGUUGGUCCUGUGCUUGAUGCACCUUCUCACCUUCCCUGUUUCCCUUUAUGAGAUCAUUUACAGUAAAGCCAAGAGACGUUAAUAAAUUGAUAUGAAGUGUGUGGGCAGCUUGUUACUUAUCUCCUGAUGUUUCCAGAGAAAUGUGAGAAAACAGAUUAAUAUGCAUAUAGUAUUUUUUUUCACUUAUUUAAUGCCUUUUUAUCAAUUUGGAUUUUUUUAUUUCAGUACAUUAAUCUGAUGUGUGUGUAUCAGAGCAUCUUUGUCAUAUCUAGAAAACAGUUCCUUCUCAAAUAUCUAAUUGCAACAGGAACUAGGAAGGGUUUCACACUGUUCUGUAGACAUUUUGCUGUGAGAACAAUGUAACAGCUUUCUAGAAAGUGUUUGGGCUGUGUUUGGGUACACGAGGCAGCGAAUUCAAGCUGCUCUGGCAGCCAGUUCUCUUCUGUGUGACGAGAACAGAAAAACUGCUGUCGUGUAUCAGAUGAAGGCUCUGCCUGAUCUGGUGUCCUGUCUCCAGCAGGGUCUGCCCUAAGCAGGAGCCUAAGGUAUAGCAAAAAUAGGGCAAGAAUAUAUUGUACUGGUAGUAGUUUCUCUUCCUGGUGCUUAGUCCACAAAUCCUACCUCUCUUUGCCAAGGGCUGCUUGGUACAGUGUAGAGCAAGUGAAGAUGGUAAGUGCUCAACAGUGAGUACAGUGUCAAAGGUUGUGCUGGCAGAAAUAGGUCAGGAUGUGUUUUCAGGCCCUAAAACUGGAACAAGGGGGAAUCUACAUAGCUGUCCUUUCAAACGGAACAAUCCAGGUGGAGGACUUGGAGAAAUUCUGGAGAGACAAGACCAAAUCCCAGUUCUUAUGUGUAUCAUAUGUGAGGAAAGCAAGCAUAAUGAGGGGAAAAAUAUGCAUUUUCCCAGCUCAGCAAUCUAGGGUGAUAUCCAUGGAGGAACAUCACCCUGGUUUGUGUAACCUGCUCUGAUCUGGAAAGGCAGGAAAUCCACUGAGAAGAUCAUUGCUGCUUUGUAUUGCAGUUCUGGAAUGACAAUAACUGUAAAACCUUUCCUUUUAGCAGCAUGGGACUGACAGCAUAAAGACUGAAGAUUUGUGGGGAUAAUGCGUGAGUCUGAGAGAUAAAGGGAGCUAUAAAGGGGGAAGCAACCAGGAGGGCACCAGAGGGAACUGCCCACAGCUCCCAAGGGGUCGUGGCCCAGGUUUGGAGGUGCUUCUGUAAGGAAUCAGUAUGGAGCCAGAGGAGUACAGACAGAGAGGGAAAGAGAUGGUGGAUUACAUUUGCCAGUACCUGAGCAAUGUGAGAGAGAGACGGGUGACUCCUGAUGUGCAGCCGGGUUACAUGAGAGCCCAGUUGCCGGAUUCUGCCCCAAUGGAUCCUGACAGCUGGGACAACAUCUUUGGAGAUAUAGAGAAGAUUAUUAUGCCAGGGGUAGUCCAUUGGCAAAGUCCACACAUGCAUGCCUACUUUCCAGCUCUUACUUCCUGGCCUUCACUCCUUGGAGAUAUGUUGGCUGAUGCAAUUAACUGCUUGGGAUUCACAUGGGCCUCCAGCCCAGCCUGUACAGAACUGGAAAUGAAUGUGAUGGAUUGGUUGGCCAAAAUGCUGGGACUUCCAGAAAAAUUCCUGCACUACCAUCCUGACAGUGUGGGUGGAGGAGUAUUACAGAGCACUGUGAGUGAAUCCACCUUGGUUGCACUGCUAGCAGCAAGGAAGAACAAAAUUCUGGAGAUGAAGGUUUCCGAGCCAAACACCGAUGAGUCCUCGCUCAAUUCUCGCCUCAUCGCUUAUGCAUCUGAUCAAGCACAUUCUUCUGUAGAAAAGGCUGGCUUGAUUUCCCUUGUGAAGAUAAAAUUUCUGCCUGUGGAUGAGAACUUUUCCCUCAGAGGUGAAACUUUGAAGAAAGCCAUUGCAGAAGACAGAAAGAAAGGCCUCGUGCCAGUCUUUGUUUGUGCAACAUUGGGUACAACUGGUGUCUGUGCUUUUGACAGUCUCUCAGAACUGGGUCCAAUUUGUGAUGCUGAGGGACUCUGGCUUCAUAUUGAUGCUGCAUAUGCAGGAACAGCAUUUGUAUGUCCUGAAUUUAGGCUGUUCUUGGAUGGAAUUGAAUAUGCAGAUUCCUUUACUUUUAACCCUUCUAAAUGGAUGAUGGUUCAUUUUGACUGCACUGGAUUUUGGGUUAAGGAUAAAUACAAAUUACAUCAAACCUUCAGUGUUAACCCUGUCUACCUCAGACAUGCCAACUCAGGAGCUGCAAUUGACUUCAUGCACUGGCAGAUUCCACUGAGUCGCCGAUUCCGGUCUUUGAAGCUGUGGUUUGUGCUUCGCUCGUUUGGGGUGAAAAAGCUUCAAGCUCACGUCCGACAUGGUACUGAAACAGCCAAAUUCUUUGAGUCCUUGGUUAAAAGUGAUCCACUUUUUGAAAUUCCUGCGAAGAGGCAUCUUGGACUGGUUGUAUUUCGGCUAAAGGGUCCCAACUGGCUGACAGAAAAACUCCUGAAAGAACUAAGCAUUUCUGGCAGGCUCUUCCUCAUUCCAGCGACCAUUCAUGACAAGUUCAUCAUUCGCUUUACUGUAACGUCUCAGUUCACAACCAGGGAAGACAUUCUGCGAGACUGGAACAUCAUUCAACACACUGCAGCCCAAAUUGUUAGCCAGAAUUAUGGGCUGCACUGCAUCAGUUCUGAUGAUGGGGCAAGAAUCCCUGCUAUGGUAGUAGAGCCCAGUUCUGAUGCCAUUAGUAAUGCUUCCCAGCUUUGUCUAGAUGGAGGGAAAUCUAAACCACCUUCCAGAAAAACAGUAGUUCAGCCUAAGAAGUUAUCGGUAGAUCAAGUCCUUCUUGUAGAAGAGGAAGAAGAUAAAAAGAGCUGCCUAAUACACAAUAAGCAAGAGGACUCUCAUUUUGAUGCCAAAGAAGGGACUGUAAGGAAUGACACUUCCAUACACCACAGAUGCAAACUGUAUGAGGUCGGUAUUGGACAUGAAGGAACAAAAAAUGUAAGCAAAGAAAUACAAAUAAGUAACUGUUUAGGAGACAAACAAGGUUUUUUGUCAAGUGAUCCCGAAGAUGGUCAGGCGAGGACAGAAGUGCAGUGAUACCACUAGAGUGCAUUGUAGAUGGUUAGUGCAUGGCCAGCAUUGCAGGUAUCAAGGCCCACGUGAGGGCAGUUUGGGGGUCAAAUGACUCGUAUAAAGGCUGGGAGGAAAAUGCUAUUUACCAUGAGUGAAGGUCUCUAGGUCAGACCAUAAAUGUGCCAGUUAGGAAAAGGAAAGUGUUUCUGCUUUGAUUGUACUUAGAUGAAGAUUGAUUUGUGUCCAGGAGGAGCUACCGCUAAAAAAGAGAGAAACAGACCUGUGAGAUAUGGGAAAGAAUGCUUUCACUAAAAAAAAUUGUGAGCAGAAAUGAUUCAGUCCAGAAGAAAAAUAAAAAAAAUGGUAUAGCAUUCAGCAAAAGCUUGUUGCAAUUAUGGCAAGGAUAAUUUUAGGGACCCUGGAAAGCAUCAAACCCAUGUAGUAAGUAGGGAAAGAAGUAGUGUGCAGAGUCAGAAAAACUAUGUAAACUGAGUUGAUAAAGAAUGAUCCAAAGGUCCAAAACUAGCUGAUAAAUUGAAAAGGACAGAAAAGGAAGCAAGACCUUUGGAUUUAGCCACAAGCCAAUCAUUAAUUUUUUUAGAAGGUCAAUGCGAGUAAAGUGACCUUAGCAAAAUCAACUGAAUCUUAUAACAAGUAUUUGAGCAGAACUAGCAUAAACUUAGGGCUUGAGGUUUUUUAAAAAAAGAUGACUGAGCAGCAUUUUGAACGUGACUGGAAAUCUCCAGAGGCAGAUUGCUGCUGAAGAGCCCUUCGUGGAAAUGAAAUCCCUGACGGCAGCUGCGGGCGG